ACACAUCAAAUUUGAAUUGAUAUUUGUCGCGUUAUAAUAAUAAUCGAUCAGUCAGCGUAAUCUUUUGCGGUAAUUGCGGUAAUAUCCCGGGUCUCCUGCUCUAACCGGUACUUCAUUAAAUUUAAUAAUUAGACGUGGUUUCUGUGAAGUGUUUAACAAAAAAUUAAGCAAAACUUUGCCGGUAAUCAAUUAAUCAAGUUCUAGAAAACAUCCAUCUAACAUUCUCUGAAGGUCAAAAGAGGUUGUAUUUUAUUGAUGAAAUUAUUUGUAUUUAUAUACUCUUCGUAUGAUUCCAUAUUGAACACUCAACAUAUGUACAAUGGGCGCAGUCAAAAGUACUUGCAGUAUAAGCUGAUAUAAUAGAAGAAGCCGAUUACUCACAUUGAUAAGGCAAUCUUUCACUUUGGAUUGUCACCGAGAAAUCAGUCGGCAUUUGCACCUCGAAGAAACAUGAGAAGAACGGUCACUAAACAGGAAAUUGAACGCUUUCUGUCAACGAAUGAAAUUGGCAGAGGCACCUUUGGAGUAGUCUAUAAAGGUGCUUUAUGUGACGGAGAUGUGGCUAUCAAAGUGCUACACGUAACCGAAGAUACAAAAGAGAAGGCUGAACGAGAAAUUACAACAAUGCGAACGGUUAAACAUGAAAAUAUCGUUGAAUUUAUUGCCGAAUUGUAUGAAAUACCAAAGCUUUAUUUGAUAUUCGAAUUCAUGGAUGGUCCAUCUCUACACCAAAUCAUACAUAACUACAAUGAUCAUAAGUAUACAAACAAGGAUGCCAUUAACUGGCUAAUUCAAGCAGCCGAGGGCCUUAAUCAUCUGCAUAGCUUAGCACCAAAGCUAAUUCAUCGUGAUGUGAAGCCAAAAAACAUACUCCUCAAUGGUGACAAGAGUAUUGUAAAGCUCUGUGAUUUCGGAAAUGUAAGGCAGCUUGGCUCUUGUAUGUCAAACGAGUCUGGCACACACCGGUAUAUGGCACCUGAAGUCUACAUUGAUGGCGUGAAAUAUACCGAAAAAUGUGAUGUUUAUAGCUUCGCAAUCACCGCUUGGGAAGUCUACAGCCGGACGAAUGCUUAUGGACCCGAUAAACAAAACUAUCAGACACUUCUUACUAAGGUGUCCACUGAAGAUUGGCGACCAUUGUUAGAGGGCAUACCAAAGUAUACGCACAAAUUGCUGGAGAGGAGCUGGAGUCCCGAGCCAAAAACCCGACCGACCAUAAAAGAAAUUCUGGAAGACUUAAAGAAAACUGAUUUCUGUGAAAACUCUAUUAGGCAGACACUCAUAACUGGUGUCAGCCCAAGCAAGGGGUCUGAAUAAGAGAACACUAUGUAC